AUGUCUAAUUCCGACUCUUCAAGGCCUCGAGAUGAUACUCCGACGAGCUCCAGCGAGGCUGGACAGCCAGCUGCUGAUCAAAACCACCAGGCGGCAAAGAGAGCAGGUCCCCCGGUCAAUUUUCCUUCAGUCCUGCAUGUAGGAAGGUACUUUGACGGAGACACAGACGAGGUCAAUGUCAUUGUAUGUACCCAACGGACACGGAGACGACAUAAUGGAGAGCUACCCCGUUGCUACACCUUUGGAUGGCGGCACAUCAAUAAUUACGAAGUCAACGGCAAAUCGAUACCGCUCCCUCCAAAGUUUGGUCAAUCAAAGGAGGUUCCAGGGUAUUGGAAGGAGCGUGUUAUUGGGCCGAACGAUAGCUCUGGUGGCUGGACCAGCAUUGACGAGGAGGGAGACGAGGCUGAGCAAGCCUUCAACGUGAUCGACAAACGUGACGUUUGGAGGGAAGGAAAUUACAUAUCCUAUGGUACCGGAUCAGCUUCGGCGCUAGAGAAGAUCCAGGGUAUGCACGUCCCACUCCGCUCGUAUGAUGCCCAUCGUCGCUUCCGUGAAGACAUCUGGAGUACAGAGAGAGUUGCCGAGAGGCUUGCCAAGGAACACGCAAAGAGGCUCAAACGGGAACUCAAGGGAAAGCAAAUGGCGGAGCAAAUAGAAACGCGAGCAAUUCACGAGAAACAGACGAGCUCGGGUUUACUCCCACAAUCCCAAUACAAUCAACGUGCGACGACUUCGCUCUCAACUGCAGCGUCCCAGCCCGAUUCGAGUUCUAGUACAGCGUCUGCUUCCUCAUCUUCCCCUCCUGAAUCCUCCAACGAUUCGGCCUCACCGCCCGUCAAAGCACAGACAACGACGCUUGGAGGAACAAAGCCCACCCCAAAGGCUCAAGCAAGCAAGCCGCCGACCCAACCUCCCAACGAUAAUCGGUUUGGGCCAGAUGCCUUUGCACCUCCUGCUCCAUGGUAUCAGCGAAUGUGGAACUAUCGGCCGGGGACGACUGCUUGGACGGCAGAUGAACAGUACGCCCAUCGAAGCUACAUCAUCCCUCAUCCACUCGAGGCGAUGAAAAACAAUCUCGUACGGAGCUGGACUCUUGUCCUCACGCCGACAUGGAAACUGCUCAAGGGGAUGAAAGAGUCUGUCAACUCGGGGCUGCCAAAGACGGUUCUUCUGGAAAUGUGGAAAUUGACGGCUGAUGAUGGUCAGCGAAAGUUAAUCAAGAGGAGCAAAGAGGCGUUUGAUAAGAAGGUGGCCGAAGAGGAAGAGAGGCAGCGCCUCGAGCGCGAGGACGGCACUUCCUCAAACGACCGCAACGGCGAACGCUCCUCGUGA